AUGCCUCUGGUUCCCCAACCUCAGAUUGCCUCCCAGGUGGCCCGGCUCCCACUGGCCAAAUUCUCCCAUACGGCCACCUCCAUCGACCACAGCGGCCCAUUGUCCUGGAUCCAUGUCAAUGGCCAUGGAGAUCUUGUUUGUCUCUUGGACAAGUUCUCCGGCAGCUCAUCGACACCAUCAAGACUGAUCCUGCGAGUCGUGAACAACCACGGAGUUCUGGUCCGUCGAUUCCAACUCAAAUUCACCCAAGAUCGGGAUUACUACUCGACACUCGCCAUUCUGAGCGGGAUUAAUUGCCCAUUGACAGAAGGGAGUGCAUCCACCCAAACACUGCAGAGACCACCUUCAACCAGUUCGUGGACAUCAGUCCCCUCGGUCCAAUUGGUGACCACCACAUUGAGAAAUGUGAACAACGCAAUGACCCCAGACAGCAAUGGGCCCGGUCCUUUUUAUCCGGUCGUCGGAUAUGAGCCUGGAGUACACAUAAGCUCAAGCCAGACGUCCGAUGCCAUAUCCGUGCAGAAAAAGGCCAGGCAUAUCGCAUCCGAGUCUCAGAAUCUCGAACAAGAAAGAGUAAGCAGCCGACCUGCCAGCACGCCAGCCUGCCACGACGAGGGUCAACUCAACCGGAUGCUUCCACCACGACGGGAACUCCCUUUCUCGAAGACGGGCAAGAGAAAAUCUCGAGCGGACAGCACCAGCGAGCGAAUUUCUGAGCAGUUCGUACCCCAAUCCUCAACCGAGCAGGAAGCCAAUGCACUUCGAAUCCAACGACCGGACCCAUUGAGCGAGACUAAAGCACUUUCACGUCCGGACUCAUAUGUCCCAGACUCGCAACCCCGGUCUCCGUCUCAGCCUUUUCCCUCAGCCCAACCAGAUCAAGUACGACGAUCGCCAGAGCUCCAGCCGUCCGCCGCGCCAAGCCAACGCUUGCCUCGCACAAUGGUCCGAGGAAGAUCUCCCGAAAAUGCCGAUACCCAGCUGGCCCGGACACAGGAAUACAUCCCCACUUACCAAGUCACCUCUACCGAGAACCAGCUCGAGCAGUACAUUAAUUCUCCAAGCGCAGAGCGAAUUGCCUUCUUGGAAAACUGGAUGUGCGAGUUACUCGAUGACGACAAGUUCCUUACUCUAUGUCAGGACGUUGAGGGGACGUGGAGACGCUUUGCGUUCGGGCAGAAGAGAGGGUUGGAGUGA